UAUAAAUAGAAUUUGAAAAAUGGGUAAUGCAGCUGGAAGCUUGAAGAAGCAUUUAGAAACUGCUGAAAAGACUGGCGCGCUAAACUUCACGGAGCGCGGCAUUGAUAAAUUUCCGCCGGAGUUGGCGAAGGUCGCUGACAAGCUGAGGAACUUGGAUUUAUCGAAUAAUAAGAUCCCUUCAUUGCCGGCUAAUAUAGGUGCAUUUAAACUGCUGAAGAGCUUAAACAUAUCUAAAAAUAGGAUAAAAGAGCUUCCAGAGAGUUUCGAGAAUUUGAUAAAACUAGAAAUUCUAAAUUUAUCCUACAAUAUCCUAGCCACAGUUCCAUCAGGGGUCAACAAACUCAAGAAUCUUAAGGAAGUGAAUUUGUCUCACAACAACCUUGUAGAGUUCCCUGUUGGAUUCUGCGGUCUCAAACACCUCAAUUCAAUCAAUCUUUCCAACAAUAGUCUGACCAAGAUUCCUGAUAGUGUAGAGGGGUUAGAAGCAACAGAAAUCAUCGUAAACCAGAACCAAGUGUCCUCUGUAUCUCCCUGUAUUGCUGCCUGUCCUAGACUGAAGACUCUAAGACUAGAGGAAAACUGUCUUGCUCUAGAAGCUGUUCCCUCUCAACUCUUCUCAGAUAGUUCUGUUUCUUUGGUUUCCCUUGAAGGGAACUUAUUCGACGUGAAGAGCCUUGAUUCUGUUCCUGGGUAUGCGGUGUACAUGGAGCGCUAUACUGCAGUCAAGCGUAAACUUGAUUAGAAUCAAAUUAAUGAAAUAUUUGAAUUUGCGUCAGAGAAACUAAGUCUAACGUCCAACUGAAUAAAAUUUGGACAUCACUACUAGACUGGUUAAAAGAGAUGGAUGAAAGUAUACUGAAGACAGGGAUAAUUUAAACGGAUACGGAUAUAUGAUAUUGAGAUCAAGUAUUCAAGAUUCACGAUACUCCACACAAUAUUUCCGACCUCAAAGACUAAUCCAAAUCUGUUUUUUUUUGUGCUGAAAUAAUCCAACUUAAACAGACAUUAUUCCAAACAUAAUUUGCUGUAUAAUUCAUACACAUUAUACAAUAUAUAAACUGAAAAUAAUUAUAAAACUCAUCAGGGAAGUAACCCACCAUUUGUAUUCAAUAUCUGAUACAAAUU